AUGAUCUCUCCAUUCCCCCGCUCAACUUCUCUUCCUGGCGAUGGCCGCAUCGUCGUAAGGCUUCUUCCAGCUGGUGGUAGUGGGCUUGAGACCAUCAGUUACCAAUACCCCCUCAAACUGAUCUCGCCCUCUCCUACCGUGGACCAGAAAAGCGCAUUGGUCUUUCUCUUGUCAUACGGAGGUGGUCUAGUGGGUGGUGAUGGCGUCAACCUCUCUAUUCAUGCGCGUCCUGGGUCGAGCCUCAGCCUAGUCACGCAAGGCCACACCAAGAUAUUCAAGUCUCCUUCGCCUGACGUCUUAACGAGCCAAAGGCUGCGAGUACAGGUGGAUGAAGACGCCGCGGUCUGCCUCUUGCCGGACCCUGUUCAGCCAUUUCAAGACAGCGUAUACGAGCAAACUCAGGUUUUCAAUUUAGGCUACCAAGCAUCACUCUGUCUUCUGGACUGGGUGACACAGGGAAGAGUAGCCCGUGGAGAGGACUGGAGUUUCACCACGUGGACAGGGCGCAACGAAGUAUGGACCCAGGGCUCUGAACUAGGGCAGAAGGGGAGACUGCUCAUCAGAGACAACAUCAUAUUGAAUCAGGAUGGAAGCAAGCUGGUUGGGUUACCGCUGAAGGAUACGAUGCACCAGAUGAGCGUCUUCGGUACACUUAUACUUCGAGGGCCUGUCGUGGAGCCUCUUGGAGAUUUCUUCAUGACAGAGUUCGCUGCAUCGCCGCGAAUCGGGUCUCGAGACUUUCGAUCAAAAGAGGAUCAAGAGAAAGACUUGGAAGAAAAGCCGGAGCUUGAGCGAUGGCGCUCACAAAGAAUAGCCUUGGAAAAUCAGCAGGGCGUCUUGUGGUCAGCGGCUCAAGUCCGUGGAUGUGUCAUUGUCAAAUUUGGAGCUGCUUCGGUGGAGGCUGGACGGUCAUGGAUCGGGUCCAUGCUGAUUAGGGAGGGCAGUAUAGCGACAUACUUUGGCGAGACUGCUCUCAUGUGCGUCCAACCUUGA